AUGGGCAACGCAGGACUCAGCGGCGGCAGCAGCGAUAGCGGCGGCAGCCGCGACAGCGGCGACCGCCGCGCUCUCCUCGUUCCCCGCGGCCCGUCUCUCCGUCGGCGACGCGAGCGCAAAAGCAGAAUCCGGAGGGCGUCGAGGUCGAGUUGCAGGCAGAGCCAACAAACAGCGUUCCCCGCCGGUAACCCCCGGAACGACGUCUGCGCCGGCAUGAUGGGCGCUACCGCCCGAGCGAAACCCGGGCAACAACCAAAUAGAGCUUGGGCCACGUUCGGCAGCACCGGACUGAGUCCCCCCGCGAUCGCGGUGAGCGGUCCCACCGUUUACCACUGGGUGGUUUCACGUUCCCUUGAACUCUCUCUCUCCAAAGUUCUUUUCAACUUUCCCUCACCCAAUUUGAGCUACGUUACCAAGCAACCCGACUCUCGGAUCGAAGGCCGUCGCUCGCCGUCCGCACCGACUGAGUCUGGCACCCGCUGCGGGCGGCCCCGAUCGAGGGAACUCCGAACUACGCGAGACGAAAACGAGCGGCUGCCUUCGACCCAUGCGCCACACGUCCCGAAGCCUUUUACUUGCGACGGGAUUCGGCGUUGGGCUUCUCCCGGUUCACUCGCCGUUACUAAGGGAAUCCACGCAAAACGCGACCACGCACAGUGA